UGAAAGAUUGAAGUACCGGAAGGGGCCCGAAGUACCUAUAAAAGCCAUGUGGCCCGACCAUGGGUUCGUGUAAUUCACUACAAUACCGUCCAGCUGGUAUAAUGUAUCAGUGGAAGACAGGACAAUUUGCUGCCGUCACUGCUGAUAGAUCGCAACAAUAAAUAACAUCCAUGCGCGGAUACAAAUCGCGGCCUUGAGGAAAAUCCUUCUCAUGGUUGAUGCGGAAUACACGUACAUUAACCCAGCUCUGAAUCUGUUGACCAUGUCGAUGAUGCUUGCGUACAACACAGAGAGAACGGUCGUCCUAUAUACAUAUCAAAACUACCUUAAGCACACAGACAUGACUCUUCGACGCGACAACGACUAUAUAAGCAGCCAAGGCGUGUGUUUUGGAGCCAAGCUGGUCCGUGGCGCAUAUAUGCUCUCAGAACGAUCGCGAGCCGAGACGCUGCACUACCCGGACCCCGUGCACAGUACAAUCGAGGACACGGCCAAAAUGUACGGACAGGCUGUGGACUUCAUGUUCGGUCGUAUUCGGCAAAAUCCGGAAAGUAACACGGUGAUUGUUGCAACGCACAACGAGAUAGCUAUAGAACAUGCUAUGGCAAGGAUGCUUGACUAUAACAUAGCAAAGCGUGGAGGAUCCAUCAUGUUCGCGCAGAUCUUUGGCAUGGGAGAUUACAUAACGUACACUUUAGGAAAGGAAGGAUUCUUGGCGUACAAAUCUAUCCCCUAUGGAUCGCUGAGAGACACACUACCCUAUCUGUCGAGACGGGCACAGGAGAACAGGGCGAUUCUACAGGGGACCAGGCGAGAACGAGAACUACUCAAAGCUGCACUCCUAGACAGAUUGUGGCCGAAAAUAUUUACCAAAGGAUGCAUCUAGAGACCGACAUAUGACAGACAGAGUCAGAGAGACAUAUAUUUUCCGGGAGAGCAUGACUCGACCCCCACCCCUCCACUCUAAACCUCGCUCGCCACAGUCUAGACCCAACUUCCGCUAAACCUGCUGCACACGCGUCUGUUACGGACAGUAAAACAAAUGUGUGUCAGUUUACACAUAGACAAUGGAGGAAAUGCGUGCCGUUUUAAGUGCAGGAUGUGGGAAAAUGUAUGUCGUUUUUCUUUAUACAUUGGGACAUUGUAUUGAUACAAUAUUUCUAUAAAGAAGAAAUCCCAGUAAGAAUAAUUAGUUUAUUGAACAGCAAUAAAGAUAACGUUUUCACUGAAGCUGGUGAUUAGGUACUGCGACACAGUCUUUAUACAGCUGUGGAAAACAAGUAAAACAAGUAAAACCAUAAAUAUUAUUACAAACAGUGUUACAAUUCCAGUUCAUUCUAGUCUCUUCUCCCCGCCAUUUAACAACAUAAUAAUACCCUACAAAGGCGGAUCUGGGGGUGGGGGUGGGGGCCUUCCACCUCAUGUCCCCCCCCCCCCCCCAAUGGAUUUUCUGGAUCCGCCACUGCCCUGCGUAAUCGGAGGUAAUAAUACUACUGACAGAAUGAAUCGAUAAUGUUCGAUUACAACAUUGGAAUGAUACAAUAUUAAUGACAAUUGUAGUCGUGACUAACAAAUUAUUUCAUUGGUUUUCUAUCUUGUUCCUUGUAAGAAACUAUUUGAUUGGAUGGAUCCAACUGUUUUAUACAUUACAUUGCUGUUAGACACACACACAC